AUGUGUAUUAAACAACAUAAUGAUGAACUAACAAAUAAUACUGUUUUAAGUUUCAUUAAUUGUCUAUCAGGAACAAACGAAAGUUCAUUUUUAGAAUAUAAUUAUCUUAAUGAUAAUAUGGAAUAUAAUAAUUAUACAAGUUCUUCUGGUAGUGAUUCACAACAAUUUGCAAUAAGUUUUGAACAAUUCAUGUUAAAUAUGGCUGAUAAUGAAAAACUAAAUGAAUUUCUAGCAAAUUUAAAUAUAUUUAAUUCAUCAUUUACUCCAGUGCCAGGAUCAAUAGUUCCAUUUGAUACAUCUUUUUCAUUAUCAACAAGUAAUACAAAUUCUUAUCGUCUUCUUUCAUUUUUAUCACUUUGGUUUGUUUUAAUUGUUAAUCCUAUUGUGAUUUUAUUUGGUGUUACGGGUAAUCUUCUUGCAACAUAUAUAUUAAUACGUUGUAAUAUUGCUAAAUUGCCUGUUUCAUUUUAUACAAUUACGCUCAAUAUAUCGGAUACAUUAAAUUUAUUAAUACCAGUAUUUAUUUUUUGGCUUGACAAUUGUAUUAAUCGAACAUCCGAACUAGGUUAUUUUCGUGACAGAUCAAAUUUUCUUUGUAAAGCAUUAAUGUGUCCUGACCUAUUAUUUGCAACAUUAAGUGCAUGGUAUAUGUGUGCAAUAUCAUUUAAUCGUUGGUAUUCUGUAUGUCGUCCAUCAUCAUAUUUUUUUCGUACAACAACAACAACAACAACAACAACAACAACAAUAAACAAUAAUAGAAAUAGUAUUAAUCAUGAACAAAAAAUCCGUACAUCUAGUUCAGCAACGUCACAAUCCAAUUCAUUAUUUAUACCAUUUUGUUUUCCUAUUAAUUGUUGUUUAUGUUUAACACGUAACACGAAAUUUCGACAACAUUUACAAGCAUUUCGUAAUAUUGCUGUUAUGACUUUAAUGAGUAUAUUAUGUUGUCUUUAUCCAAUAUUUAUGCAAGAAAUUCGAUCUUUCGUAUCAAUAAAUGCAUCUAUGUCUAAUUUAAGUCGUAAAAAAUCUAAUUCAUAUCCUACUAUACGGAAACGUUGUUAUUAUAGUCAAAAACAUGAAUAUGCUUAUGAUAUUAUUGGUAUUAUAUUAUCAUGUUUUUUACAUAUAUUACCAUUAACAUUUGUUGCUGCAAUGAAUAUAAUGAUUAUAUUACGAUUAAAACAACGACAAUAUCGUAUGACAAGUUCAACAAAUUUAUUACAAUCUCAAACAUCAUCUAAAAAAAUAAAAUCAUUAAAUUAUUUACCAAAGAAAAAUUCUAAUUCAUAUAACAAUUCAUUAUCAAAAAAAAGAAAUAAUCAUGGAAAAAGAAAUCAAACUAAUUUACAAUCAACAUUAAUAAUAGAUCGAAAAGAUCAAGCAACAUCAACUGAUUUAUCAAUUCAAACAUUACAUCUAUCAAAUCCAUUAUCAACUAAAUCAAAUAAUACAAGAACAGCAAGAAGACAUCAUUCAAGAGAUCGAACAAUUACAAUUAUGCUUGUUAGUGUAGCAUUAUCAUAUUUAAUAUUAACUCUUCCUUAUCGUUUAUUUUGGUCAUAUCAUGUUUAUAUAAAACGUGUACAUCCAAAAAAAUUAGAUUCAUCUAUAUAUUUAUCAAAAAUGCUUUGUAUUGAUCAUGUACUUCGUACAAUACGUAAUAUACAUUAUGGUACAAAUUUUGUUUUUUUUAUUUUUCUUUCUAAAACAUUUCGUCGUAAAUUUCGACAAAUAUUUAUUGAAAGAUUUUUUCAAUUAACAAAUCAUUUAUUUAAUCGAAAUUCUACAACAAUAAAUAAAAAUUAUACAAUUUAUUCGAAAAAUAAUCGUCAACGACAAAUAAAUUUUAAAUUAGAAAAUAAACGAAAUAUAAAAACAAAUAAUAUUGAACAUGUUAUUGGAAUAGAAUCAUUUUCAAGAAGUAUAUUUGAUGAAACACCUAGUUUAAUUGGUGAUAUACGUAUACAAGAAGAUGAAAUUAUUCCAAUUAUAGGACUUGAACAUAAUAAUCUGUCGUGA